UCUCUCUCUGUCUCGUGGUUCUUUAGUAAAUUUUAUGAAAGCGGACGAUCUGUGAAAUUUAGGACUGGAAGACAAUAACUUGCUUGCCAGUAGAUAGAUGCUGCUUCUCUGAUAGGAACUCUUAGAUCCGACAUUGUCGACUUGCUAAUCCCGAAGCAUUUUUCCAGGAUUCACGAGUUGUUAUUUUGGUCUCAGGUGUCUGGUAAAAUGACAGAACCUUCAAAAGUCAUCCAUAUCCGCAACGUUGGACACGAAAUAUCUGAGAAUGAUCUCCUUCAGUUGGUCCAACCUUUUGGUGUUGUCACUAAGCUUGUUAUGCUACGUGCUAAAAAUCAGGCCCUACUCCAGAUGCACGAUGUAGCUUCAGCUGUGAAUGUGUUGCAAUACUACACAAAUGUGCAGCCGAGCGUCAGGGGGCGAAAUGUGUAUAUUCAGUUCUCUUCACAUCAAGAACUCACCACAAUGGAUCAAAAUGCUCAAGGACGCAAAGGGGACCAGGAUUCACAACCCAACCGAAUUCUCUUAGUUACGAUCCAUCAGCUGCUCUAUCCUAUAACAGUGGAAGUGCUGCAUCAAGUGUUUUCUCCUCAUGGGUUUGUGGAGAAGAUCGUCACAUUUCAGAAGUCUGCUGGUUCUCAAGCCCUUAUCCAGUAUCAAUCACGCCAGAGUGCUGUUCAAGCAAGAAAUGCUCUCCAAGGUCGUAACAUUUAUGAUGGCUGCUGUACACUGGAUAUUCAAUUUUCAAACCUAAGUGAAUUACAAGUGAACUACAAUAAUGAACGCUCAAGGGAUUUCACAAACCCAGCUCUGCCUUCAGAACAGAAGGGAAGAUCCUCACAACCUGGAUAUGGUGAUGCAGGGGGCCUGUAUGCACUUCAACCUGGAGCCAGGGCAGCAGUUGCAUUUCCGCAGAUGGGCAACUCUGCAGCCAUAGCAGCUGCAUUUGGUGGAGGAUUGCCUCCUGGGAUAAGUGGUACUAAUGACAGGUGCACGCUCCUGGUUUCUAAUCUAAAUCUUGAUAAAGUCGAUGAAGAUAAACUCUUCAACCUUUUUUCCAUCUACGGGAACAUUGUGAGAAUUAAAUUUCUCCGCAACAAGCCAGAUCAUGCACUCGUUCAGAUGGUUGAUGGGUUCCAGGCUGAAUUAGCUGUGCACUUCUUGAAGGGAGCCAUGCUGUUUGGAAAGCGAUUGGAGGUGAACUUCUCGAAGCAUACUAACAUAACAUCAGCUCCUGACACACACGAAUAUUUGAACUCAAACCUCAACCGCUUCAACCGAAAUGCUGCAAAGAACUACCGUUACUGCUGCUCCCCCACCAAGAUGAUUCACUUGUCUACUCUUCCCCAGGACAUCACAGAGGAGGAGAUCAUGGCUCACCUAGAGGAACAUGGAAACAUUGUCAACACCAAGCUGUUUGAGGUCAAUGGAAAGAAGCAGGCCCUUGUCCUGUUUGAGACAGAGGAGCAGGCUACAGAGGCGCUUGUGUGUAAACAUGCCACUACCGUUGACGGGUCGGUUAUCCGGAUCUCCUUCUCCCAGUUGCAAACCAUAUGAAAAAGGAAAUGUGUGCUGAUAUAUAUGGCAAAGAUGGCUAUGAUUAGGCAGCAGGUCCUCUCCUUAAUUAUUCCCUUCUUUCCUUCUUGUACUGGUGGUUGUAACUUUUUGCAGUUGUGUUGAAGUGGUUUUUGCUUAAUGUUCUUCAUUCCCUUUCAUUUUCUUUUCUCGUUCAGUUUUUGUUGAAUAGGUUUCUUCUGUAUUGGGGGGAUGCUUUGUUGCUGUACGUGUAGAUCCUGGAAGAAGAGUUGUCAAGGGUUCUAUUUUUCUUU